CUGGUUCAUGUUCCCUCCCACAGGGUUUGUGCAGUGUUUUUCUGCCACGAUGUCCCCCACCCUGAACGAGGGCCCCUCUCUAGCGCCCCCCCUCAGUAGUAUUCUCUUCAGCUUUCUGCAUCCACAUCGCAGUAUUUAAGUCUUGACAUGAAAUCCAGAAUAAUUACUGAUCAGUCCUAUCGUUCGGAUCCUGAGCUACUGAGUGGGUGAAGUCCUGUUUGGGCUUUUCAGUAUAAGGGCCUCUAUGGAUUCAGAGUUGGGGAUCAGGACACAUAGGACUGUUAUGUCCCAGAAUGCACCAAUCUCCUCCUCCAACCAGCUUCUAGGUAUCCGAGAGCCACCCCCAUUACCCCCUUUUCUACGUCCCUGCUGCUCGUGCUCUGCAUCUUUUCCUCCGCAUCCCUGUCAGUCUGCCUGAUAGCUGGCGACGGCCAUGUUGUAUAUCUCACACAGAAUCGAACGCCAUUACUGUUUCAGCGCGUGGAGCCUCCUUCCCCCACCCAGGAUGGGGGCCCGGGACUUAACAACGCCCUCCCUCCACCUGAGACGACUGUAAACAGCCUGCCAGUGGAGGGGGGGGGUCCCGGAGAGCACUUCAUGGGUGACGGCCCGUGCUCAGGAGAUGUCCCAGAAAGUUGGCAGCUGGAGCCCAGAGGGACACCCUGAGGAUGGCCUGGGAAGCAUGAGCAACUCUCAGACGGUAGAGAUGAGAGAGAUGGGGCAGGAUGGUUACUCGGAUACUGAGCACUUUCCACCAAUGGAAGGCCACGGCAGGGCCGCUUCCAUGCCCCGCCUCCCAGGCGACAACCAACCCAUCAACGACAGCAGUCCCAUGAAGCGCUCAGUCUCAUCGAUGGGCCACAGCAGGACUGGGCGAGGCCACAGAGACAAAGGAGGGGCAGAAGACUACAACAUGGACCGGGUGAUACCUGAGGAAGGGAGGACUUCCAGACACGGACACCGACGAAAAGACCGGAGCCACCGGGCGUCCGAGAGGUCCCUCUGCCGUUACACGGAGGCCGACACAGGCCUGGGCACAGACCUGAGCACGACCACCCAGUCAGGCGACCUCAUGUCCAAAGAAAGGGAUCGCGACAGGGAUCGUGGACGAUCCAAAGACCGCAAACACCACCACCACCAUCACCACCACCACGGCUCCGUGGACAAGGAGCGCUACGUGGCGGAGCGAGGCGGCGAGUACGGACACAGGCACACCCGUGACCGAGAGCACGACCGGGAGCACGACCGGGACCAUGACCGGGAGCACGACCGGGACCACGACCGGGAGCACGACCGGGACCACGACCGGGAGCACGACCGGGACCACGACCGGGACCACGACCGGGACCACGACCGGGAGCACGGCCGAGAGAGGGAGAGGGAGAGGGACCGCCGCUGGUCACGAUCGCCCAGCGAGGGUCGUGAGUGCAUGACACACAGACAGGGCAGUAGUUCGGUCAGCGGAAGUCCUGUCCCCUCAACUUCGGGGACCAGUACGCCACGUCGAGGUCGUCGACAGUUGCCUCAGACCCCCGCAACACCCCGGCCCCAUGUCACUUACUCCCCUGUGGUCCGUAAGGCCAUGCCCACCCCACCUGCAGGGCCACAGGGCAGACCACCUGCCCCAGCCCCCCGACGCUUCUCUCCUGAGCCUCCCCAAGGCCAAGGCCCUCCCCACACUGGCCUCCCAUCCACCCACCAUGCCACCGCGCGCCAGGGUCAUCAUCCACCGCCUCGUUGGGGAGACACAGGUGGAGGAGGCGGCUCCGUGGAAGGGGAUGCCUGCUUCUACAACCAGGACUACGAGCCCCACCAUGAACCACCUGCCUAUGAGCAGAACCCCAUACAGGGGGGCAACCCUCAUUCACACGGCGUGGCCAACCACCCACUGCCGCCUCCUCCACAACCACAUCCACAUAACCCCCAUCCCCUCCCUCCGCCCCAGCCACACCCCGUAAACAAUCCACACCCUCAUCCGCCGCCCCACCCACAGCCCACUCGCACCUCACCUAGGACUGUACACCACGCGCCUCCUCCCACCACUGCCCUGACUGGGCCUGUGCAGGGCCAGGUGCAGCCUGCUGCCCAGCGUCGCCUACCCAAUGGCUACCGCUCCUCCUCACCUUCCACACAUCCCCAUGGACCUCCACAUACUGGGCCUCACAAGGUCCCCCCUCCAGCUGGGCAUCCUAGGGGGCCCCGCAAGGGCCUGCAUGAACCCUACAGCGAGACUGAGGAGGACGACUGGUGCUAGCCUCUGGGGACUGGGGAGGGGCGUAAGGAAGAAAAAAGGUCAGAUAGAUGGACUGAAAGAUGGACAAGAGAAGCUCUCAGCCGGAGCAAUGACUGCCAAGGGAAACCACGACUUUUUCUUUCUUGUCGAUUCAAAUCAAUUUUCCCUCUCCUCCAGUGCUUGGCAUGUCGCAGCGAUGGCGGGCUAGGUAAAGGGAGGGGUGUCAGGAUGAGGGGAUGGAACAGGAAUGCUGAGGCAGGAUCUGGAGAAACUAAUGGGUAAGAGGGGGAUCACAAACCACCUCCAUGUUCUGCUGGCGUUGUUGUUGCAUUCAUUCUCUUGAUGCCAAAUGAGACCAGCCUCAAACUGCAAAAUGUUAAGGAUGCAAGCAGGAGGGGUGAUGGACACUAGUCUUUGUGUGUCUUAAAUUAUGCCUCUGGCAACGAGCUACAGCCACUUACAAGAUGUCAAGAGUUGCGACUCGACAAAAGACGCUUUACAGUCAGAGACAUGAACGACCACUAUUUCUUUUUCUUUUUUUGCCUCUCUAAGCUAAUGCCAGUUAAGUUAGCCGCGAAAAGAAUGGAAUCCAACCCUCCCAGCCACCAGUUGAAUAUUGAUGAGUUUUAUCAUCUGUGUUUUUAAAUAAGAACAAAACGGACAAUUUGCCAUCCACCUGUAGGAGGUGAGAAGGCUAAGUGGGUGGGAGAGUUGGGGAGCGUUGCACGGGGUUGAUAAGUCUCUCAGUCAAAAUCUAGAGGACAGGAUGGGGUUGUUUUUGGGGAUGUUUACCCCUGUCCUUAGAGAACACCCUCCUCCCUGAAACAAUUUAACCAACCUCAACCAAUGACCUAAAAGAGAAGAAUAACACAAAUGUGGAGACGGGUUUCAGAAACGAAAAAACAAACAAACCAGUAACUGAUUUCUGCAGUAUCUCUUCUAUUCCUGCAGCUGCUUCUUCUUCUUCCUCCUUCUCUUCUACUUCUUCAAAACAUCGAAGCUUGAAUCUUCUGUUGCACCCCACACAGCUUCGUUUGUUAGACUUGCGAAGUUGUACACCCUCUGGAAUCCUGCAUGAAUGAUACAAAAAAAAAAAAUGAAUCGCAACAAUGAGAAUCUACUGUAUGUGGGGGGGAAGUUUUCCUCAGUCCUUUCUGUUGUGCUCAGUAGGGUUUCUCUUUUUGUUUCUUUGGUUUAAAAAAAGAAAAAAGCCUUUCUGUUUCUAUCUCUCUCUCUCUCUCUCUCUCUCUCUCUCUCUCUCUCUCUCUCUCUCUCAUCUGUUUGACAUUCCUCUCUCUGAUUCCUCUCUCUGUACCUUCACCCACACUCAAAUCAAGUGGCAGAAGGACACGGGGAGAUCGGAGAGUUGCUGUUUGUAAACUCAACAGAACAAAAUGAUUACUUUUUGCUUGCUUGUCUGUAUGUUCUGUGCCAAAUGCUUGCCACUGAUUCAGCUGGAAUUUGCACAUAUUUUUGUGGAAGUAACUUUUUGUAACUAAGGUGAUGAAUCCUAAAGUGAUACACUGGGAAGCAGGGUAACGUAAGGCGGUGAAGAAAAAAAAAGUGAGGUGUCAAUGUUGGUGGGCAAGUUUGACAAAUUAGUAACAUCUCAAAAGUCUUCCAGGGUUUUGGGUUAAAAUAGAAACAUCAGAGAGAAAGAGACCAAUAGAAAGGAGAGGAACUCGUCAUUGUUGUUUUCUUUGUUCCUGAUUGUCAUAAUGGAUAAACAGAUGAUAUAAUAACUUUAAAUGAUCAUGAUGAUCUUGAUAAUGAGGCAGAUUCUCCAUGUUUUAUAUAUAAAUAUAUAUUGUUUUUCGGUGCGUUUGUUUAAUUUUAAGCUCAGCAAAUCAUUUUUCCAACCCACACUUGCAUCGUGGGAGAAUGGGUAUGCAGGAGGGAAAACAUGCAUCAAUGAUAAGCAGUCAAAAGGCUAAUGAACUUUAGAAUAUAAACAGUGGAUGGAAUUGAUAUGGCUUCACCACUGGUUUCUGAAUUCAAAUAAGAAAAGUUUACCCUCCUGCAGCUGCUCAAACAGAGUCCCUCCACUUGUGACCAGUAGGUGGCAGUGUCAGACAAAACAGCGUCUCCCCCUUAACUCCACCUCAGAGUCAGAGCUGUUCCACACUCAUCAGUUCAUUCUCUCACCAGUAACACCACCUCAUCUGUGCUAACACACAGGUGACUGACACUUCCGAUGGGUUGGAAAAAAAAGAUUUCUGGGCCUUGUCAGGAGCCUGGGGGGGGGAUAAAAAAGAACUAUGUCAUGUGUGUUUCACUUCUAUAUAUCUUUAUUUCGAUCUGCGUGUUUCUCUGUGUGCCUCAAACUAACACUUGUCGUCACUAACACACACCACUGUCAGCCCCAUCGUUAUUUUGAUUUAUGUAUUUGACCAAUAUUUUACCUGGAGGCCUAUCACAUGUUGACCAGAGAAUGCACCGAAAAAAUUGAAAAGAUAAAAAAAACUGCCUAUUAGUGUCUUUCCAACCUCAGUGGAAUGUCACAGACGAGUAUAUUUUCACAUCACUACACUUAAAAUCAGAAAGCACACUAGGUAUGUAGCUCCUGGUUGUGUGUGUGUGUGCGUGUGUGUGUGUGUGUGUGUGUAGAUGUUUUUAUUCCUGUGAUUGCUUUGGUUUCUAAUUCUUGUCUCCAGAAAUCCUUUUUAAAUAAAUCUUAUGAUUUUUCAGUCAAAUCAUUGUAACAAUUCUCGUGAGUCUGUGUGUCCGUAUGUGUGUGUAUGUGUGAGAGAGUUAUGUCAAAACCCCCUGAUUGAAUCAUGUAAAGCCCAUAACAUUCACAAUCCAUCUUAGUGUCUAUGCUGCAGUGAAAUCCACUAACACGCUGAUUAACCACACAAAGUCUUCAAAAAGCAAUGUAAAGCCGCUACUGAAUAAAAAACUGACAAAAAAAAACAUUUUUAAGUACAAAAGAAAAUCUAAAAAAAUAUCUAGUUCCAGAAAUGCAUGUGCUAUGUGCAUGCCACACCGUGGAUUAACAGUCAUCUUCAGGACAUAAAAGAAAAAGCAGAUUAAUGAAUUCAGAGGAAUACAAACAAAAAAAGAUAUAUAAAUAGAUAGAUGUUUUUAAAAAGCAACGUUUCCUUUUUUCCUUCUAUUUUUGAGAACAAAAAAGGUGAAAAACUGAAAAAAAAAAAAUGUCUAAAGAAUGAAAACACAAAAGAGACUUUGGUUAGAGUCAGAGUCUCGUUUUUUUCUUCUGUUACAUGGGUUUGAGGCACAACACAACCAUGUUCAGGACACCACAAAAAAAGGAACUGUUUUUAAUGGAAAAAAUAUAUAUAAAGAAAAGAAAGUGCAGUUCAGAAAACGGUGUAUUCUCCCUUCUACUUUUUGUGGGGGUCAGGGGGCGCAGGAGGAGGCCACAUCUGAUGAUGUAAUCAUUAUAACUGGCUGUGGAACCUUUGAGCUCUCACUCUGUCCCUCUUCUCUCUCUCUCUCUCUCUCUCUCUCUCUCUCUCUCUCACUCUUUAUCUGUCGCACUCUCAACCUGUCUCACCGCUAUUUCUACCAGUGCAUUUUGUAAUUCCAAACAGAACUCUUCCUAAAGAAUAAAAUCCAGAGAGAAUG